AUGCCACAAAAUGCAGAGAUUGAGUUGAUGGUUAUAGAAGAUAUAAUUGUAAUUGCGGAACUGAUCGCGAUUCCAGUUCCAGUUCCAGUUCCUAAUAAUAUUAAUAUUAAAUUUCGUAAUAUCGGUUUAGAAGUGGAGAAUUUACCUAGUAAUUCUGUG